GCCAGCACGGUGACCCGCACUGGGACAGGUCUUGUAUGUGAGGUCAGGAGGUCCGGGAACCCCACGGGCAGCUCUGAUGCUCCUAGGAUCUGUCUUCUUCCCUGGGCACAUGUUCAGUGUUGCUGGAUGCCUGGUUAUGUUUCUUUUAAACUGAAAGCUUGAGCUCUGUGACUAGCUGAGUUUGGGUAAUUAGAUAUGAAUACAGUCAAGAUGGAUGGUAUAAGAAACAGUAGUGGUGUGGCAGUGAAGAAUGCAGCAAAGCCUGAAAAUAAAUGGCUCCAGUUAAAUGGUGCAGCAGUCGUUGCGAUAAGGGACUGCAACUGAGUGAAUCACAGACUGCUUUGUGCCCUUUUUACUACUUGCAAAGGGAUUGGAGCCUGCCAGCGACAUCCUCGUGCUGGUAAGUUCAGGUUGCGCAUCUGCGUUGACCCUUGCAGCAAACGUGUAAACUCCAGGAAGUCACAUUUGCCUUGGACAGCCUGCGCUCCUGGAAGUGUGUCUAGCUCCAAUGGAAAAAGACACUGCUCCUGUGAGAAAACAGAGCUGGAAGUGUGUUCCCUAACAGGGUUCGUGCCUCUUUCAAGAGCAGAAAUAAUGACUAUAAGGGUAGGGGUAAAUGCAAGACAGCGGUUCUUACAAACAAGGUUGCAAGAAGGAAAGAAAGGACAAAAUUGGUACCAGAUUGUAUUUAAUUAAGAAGGAAUCUGAUGGUUAACUGACAAUUUGGCCUUCUCUUUCCCUGUCCUUCUCCUCUUCUGUGGCCUGGUGGCUGGUGCACUGUGGAGUGUUUAUCAGCUGGCACACCUCCGGUUGUCCGAGACGGUUACUGGAGCUGCCUGGAGCACGUGCCCUGGACAGCUUGACCUUUCCCGACUGCGGGAGGUAACGCCUUGCUUACUUUUUUCUCUUGCUGCUCUGUUUGGUGAAUCCACUUGCAGGAACCGUGUAAGGCAAUGUGAAUGAAGAUGCAUCCUGUCUCCGAAGUCAGGUGUCCUUGGCAUUUCUUUUUUCAGCUAUCAAGAGAAAUUUUACUUGCACACGCAACUCAUUAGAUGAGUAACUUACAUAUUGCUGUCUUACAUUGACUACACACAUGAUAUGUAGCAGUAUGAAUGACGGAUUUAACUAUAAGAAUAUUUUUGCUGAAUUAUGUCACUUGCCCUGCCUUCCACACAGUUUGCAGAGUUCUGUCAUCAGAGGUAUGCUUGCUAAAAUAGCAUUAUCUGGACAGGAUGGCAACUAGCAGCUCCAUCAAGACCUUCCUCAACCUUUUAGGAGAAAGCCCUGGAGCAUGCUCUGCUGCACUGAAUGGAAAUGUUGGAGUCCCGGCAGUAUCGUUCCGGAUGCCUUGUAUGGAGGUAGCUAUGACGUUAUUAAUGAUGCAUCCAGCCCUGCUGCGGGAGACUGCUGCGCGCAGCAAAGCUCUGCCCGACACAACUGGGAAAUGAACUACCAAGAGGCAGCAAUCUACCUCCAGGAAGGAGAAAAUAAUGAUAAGUUCUUCACUCACCCCAAAAAUGCCAAAGCACUUGCUGCCUACCUCUUUGCACACAAUCACCUUUUCUACCUAAUGGAGCUGAGCACAGCACUGCUUCUCCUGUUGCUGUCUCUCUGCGAGGCACCAGCUGUUCCUAUGCUCCGUCUUGGCAUCUUUGUCCAUGCAACCCUGGAGCUGUUUGCGUUAAUUGUGGUAGUCUUUGAACUCUCAAUGAAGAUGAGGUGGCUGGGCUUCCAAACCUUUAUCAGGCACAAAAGGACUAUGGUAAAGACCUGCGUGCUGUUUGUACAGUUCAUAGAGGCCAUCGUGGUGUUGGUACGCCAAACCUCACACGUCCGGAUAACGAGAGCUCUGCGCUGUAUCUUCUUGGUGGACUGCCGUUACUGUGGUGCCGUCAGAAGAAAUCUGCGACAGAUCUUCCAGUCCCUCCCACCAUUUAUUGACAUUCUUCUCCUCCUGCUUUUCUUCAUGGUGAUUUUUGCCAUCCUGGGUUUUUACUUGUUUUCUCCCAACCACUCAGAUCCGUACUUCAAUACCUUAGAGAACAGCCUCGUGAAUCUCUUCGUGCUUUUGACCACUUCAAAUUUCCCUGACGUGAUGAUGCCAUCUUAUGCCCGGAACCCCUGGUCCUGUGUCUUCUUCAUAGUGUAUCUCUCCAUUGAGCUGUACUUCAUCAUGAACUUGCUUCUCGCUGUUGUGUUCGACACUUUCAAUGACAUCGAGAAAAGGAAGUUUAAGUCCUUGCUGCUGCACAAGCGCACAGCCAUACAGCAUGCCUACCGCUUGCUGAUCACCAAACAGAGGCCGUCUGGAAUUUCCUUCAAGCACUUUGAAGGGCUGUUGCGGUUUUACAAGCCUCGGAUGUGUGCCAGAGAGCGAUAUCUCACUUUCAAAGCACUGAAUCAAAGCAAUACUUCUUUAGUCAGUCUAAAGGAUUUUUACAAUUUCUAUGAAGUUGUUGGCUUAAAAUGGAAGGCAAAACGAAAUCGCGAGCACUGGUUUGAUGACCUUCCACGGACAGCAUUCCUUAUUUUUAAAGGCAUCAACAUCCUUGUGAAGUCCCGUGUGUUCCAAUACACCAUGUAUACUGUGGUGGCUGUGAAUGGAAUUUGGAUUCUUGUUGAAACCUUCAUGCUGCAAGGAGGGAAUUUCUUCUCCAGAAACGUCCCGUGGAGCUACAUAGUCUUCCUCACAAUCUAUGGCGUGGAGUUGCUCCUGAAGACCACUGGACUGGGGCCCGUUGAGUACCUGUCCUCAGGUUGGAAUCUCUUUGACUUCUCAGUCACCCUGUUUGCAUUUUUGGGGCUCAUGGCACUGGCAUUUAACAUGGAGCCAUUCUACUUCAUUGUGGUCUUGCGACCCCUUCAGCUGCUGAGGCUAUUUAAAUUGAAGAAACGCUACAGAAAUGUCCUGGACACUAUGUUUGAGUUGUUCCCCCGGAUGGCCAGCCUGGGUUUAACCCUGCUGAUCUUCUACUAUUGCUUUGCCAUUGUUGGCAUGGAGUUCUUUGCUGGCGUGGUCUACCCGAACUGCUGCAACACAAGCACAGUUGCAGAUUCCUAUCGCUGGGUGAAUCAUACAGUUGGCAACAAGACAGUUGUGGAAGAAGGUUAUUACUAUCUCAACAACUUCGACAACAUUUUGAACAGCUUUGUCACGCUGUUUGAGCUGACAGUCGUCAAUGACUGGUACAUCAUCAUGGAAGGGGUGACAUCCCAAACCACUCACUGGAGCCGCCUUUACUUCAUGAUCUUCUAUAUUGUGACCAUGGUGGUGAUGACAAUCAUCGUGGCUUUUAUUCUGGAUGCUUUUGUCUUCCGCAUGAACUACACUCGGAAGAACCAAGAUUCAGAAGAAGACAAUGGCAUUGUGCUGGAGAAGGAGAUCUCCAAGGAGGAAGUGGUUGGCAUAAUCGAGCUGUACAAGCGGAGCUCAGCUGCCACUGAAACUGCACAGCUGCAGAAAAUUGUUUUGCAGAUGGACAAAUAUGGGCAAAUGUCAACGCUGUUUCUGGGACGCAGAUCAAGGACCAAGAGUGAUUUGAGUAUGAAGAUGUAUGAGGAGGAGAUACAGGAAUGGUAUGAGGAGCAUUCCAGAAAAGAGGACUCUCAGACACCAUUGCAAGAGCCUGCAUCUGCUUCCAACAGCUCUCUGAAGCCCCUGAGCCUCCGACAACGCUCCCAGACUGUCAUUUAGGCCUAGCUAACGCAAGCCGCCUUCUAUGCAAUAACCUAGAGUAUUACUUCACAACGUAUAUAUUGGGAUGAUGUAUAUAGAUCUGUUCAGUGUACCGUUCGGCUUUAGGGUUUAAAUCUCUUCCCCUAGGCAGUGAAUUGCUGAAAAACCAGAGGCCCGGGGGACUCUGUGUAAGGCUGCUACACACAGAUUGAGCACGAUGCCCGUGCUCAGCACAGAGUGAACAUCUCGGACAGAACAGAGACCUUCUCCCUCUGAGCCACUUCCCAGGCUCGAGCCUACUGUUUUUCUUACCACUAACAGACUUUGGGGAAAGGGAUGUGUAAUCCAUUAACAGCAGGAAAUGUGCUGAAGCCACCUGCUUAAUAUUAAAACUUUAGCCCUUUUUGAAGAUCUCUUUUGCUUAAAGGGUACCAUUAACCUAGGAAUAAAAGAUCAGGGAGUGAGUUUUUGUUUCUUCUCCACCUUCCUUAUGCAAAGAAAGGGGAGGUGGUCUGAAAUUUCAGCACUUUUGGAAGAGCAGUCUGCCUUUCCCCUCCUUUUUGGCACACCUAGAUGCACUCCCUGUAGUAGAUCCAGCUCUGAUUAUUGAAUUUAACUGUCCCCAAGCAGUUCUGUGGCAGCUGGAGACAGAACUGAGGGCCAGCAUCUCGUCGCAUUAUGACCAUAGGCGGGACAGGAGUUUGGGGAGACAAACUCUGUCUCUGCUGUAGCUAUCCAAUAUCUGCAUCAGUGCUGGUCGGUUCUGCCUGCGGCACUGCCCGGGAUUGGGAUCACCUCUGCAAACCCCAAAGCUCCUGUCUGUUCAGUGAGAGGGGGAAUUCUGCAGAGUGAAAGUGGCUGUUGACCUCUGCCACUUGGCCACCUGCUCUGUAAAUGGCAAAUCUCUGGCCAGUGCUUAGCUCAAAUAGAUGACUAGGAGGAAGAAAUGGAAGGUUUUGCAUCUCCAAGUCUGACUUCUUUCUGCCUGGCUCUGGGUUAAGGAGAGCUUAUGGGCAUCAAACAGUACUGCUGGUUAGUCCUCACCCAGGUCACUGCUUAUACUCUUUAUACAGGUGAGCGAGUCCCAGCGCAGCGGUGUUGCUCCUCCCUUGCUCUCACCCUUGCAGAAAUGUUCCUCAGGCUGGCAAAUGCUGACCGAGUCAGAUCUUAGGAAGAUCCACCGAAGAGCUUUACGGUUCCCCUGAAUUCUGGAUGCAGGAGGAACGUGGAAGACGAUGAUUCUUCUCACCCGUUUGCUUUUCUGCACCUGGCAAGGAGGCUGCCAGACCCGGUAGCUGAGGGAUGGGGAAGGAAGGGGGAGAAGGGAUCCCUUCCCAGUUCUGCCACGUUUAUUCUGUGAUCGUGGCAGGUUGCGACAUCGCUCGUGUUUCAUUGCCUGCAAUGUGAUGAGAACCUGUCUCUGUGAAGUCCCCUUUUUCUCCCUGUCAGCAAAGAAAGUGCUGAGGGCUAGAAGUAUCUGUCAGCUGGGAGGCUCCCCUCACCUCUUGCUGUUUGAUCUUUUCUCAGGUUCAGACUCAGAGUAGAGCUUGCUGGGGAGGCUUUCUCCUUCCUCCAGAUAGAUCAGGCAGUGGGAGAUCUGUGUGCCCAUUCCCUUUGUCCCACAUACCUGUUUUUUCCUUGGUAGCCUCGCCACAUGGCACAAGGACAGCGGGAGAGGACUGAUCCUACCCGGGCAGCUCAGGAGCAUUUCCUGGGUGGAUGGGACUUUCAAAAGUAGGCAAGAUAGAGCUGCUUCUGAAAAUCUCUCCCUGCAUAGCAUGGUGGGAGCAUUUGGGCUAUGGGAUGGAAAGAGCGAGUGAGCAGCUUUCCGGGCAGCGUGCACACCAGCAUCUGCUCUCAACCCUUGCCAAAUUCCCUGGGUGCCUCAGGGCAACUCUUUGUUUCCUUUCUGGGUACUGCAGGUAUGAAACUACUUCUGAGCUGAACCGUGAAGGACCUUAAAGGGCUGUUUUCCAAACCAUAAAUUUGACCACAAAUUAAUGAGCAGUGCAGUUGUUGCUCUUGCAGUUGCUCUGCAUGGAGUCGCAGCCUGGGAGAUUUAUCCAGAUUAGUCCUGGGGCUGGAGGAGAUGUUGUUUAUUCUGUUUUCAGUUGUGGGCAGGAUGAAUGAGCAUUGUGAAGGUUAGGGGGGAAAAAAAAAAAGUGGCUGUGUUUAAGCUCCGCGUUCCCCUACAGCCUAUUUCUCCUUGUAGGGCUGUCAGUGACUUUUCUGGGGUGUUUUCUGGGUGCAAAAGGAGCUGCAGCUUUAAGCUAUAUUGAGGGGGGCACUCGCCUGCUUAACAUGCAAUAACAGGGCUCUCGUGUCACAGAGAUGGGAAUCCUUGGGCUGGGGUUCAGGGCUUAGGUGCUGCUUCCGUGGUUUCGUGCUGAGGUGUUGAUCGGCCCCCAUGUACACACUAUAUUAAUUAUUUUUGUAAACGAAGGAGGGUCACAGAAGUUUACUUCUUCCAUACAACUUUGGAAGGAAACAAAGUUUGAGUACGGGGCAUCCCCUUCUAUUUAUCCUCCUCUCCCCCACCUGACACACAGACUAACGACAGAGACAAUCAUUUUGUAGGGAGCAAGGGAGGAAGCACUGCAGGAUUUUGUAUGCUGGCGUUUUGUUUAUAAAAUGAUUUUAUGGACAUGUCUGUAAAAUGUUCUCUAGAUAUUUUCAAGCACACUAAUAAAAAGCAUCCUCGGCUUUGUAAA